AUGACUUAUUCGCCAGAGACACUUUGCCAGUUACAAGAAAAUACAGAAUCUAUUCGUAACAUAUGUAUAUUGGCUCAUGUUGAUCAUGGUAAAACAACAUUAGCUGAUGAUUUACUUGCUGCAAACGGAAUUAUUUCUAAUCGUUUGGCUGGAAAACUACGUUUAAUGGAUAGUCUAGAAGCAGAGCAAAUUCGUGGUAUCACCAUGAAAUCGAGCGCUGUUUCACUUGUUCAUAAAAAAGAUGAAAAACAAUAUUUAAUUAAUCUUAUUGAUACGCCGGGACAUGUUGAUUUUUCAUCAGAAGUUUCUACAGCAGUCCGUCUUUGUGAUGGUGCAAUUAUUUUAAUCGAUGCUGUUGAAGGAGUUUGUCCACAGACUUUAGCAGCUCUUCGACAAGCAUGGCUCGAACAUUUACGUAUUAUUCUUGUUCUUAACAAAAUCGAUCGUUUAAUAGUUGAACUUAAAAUGAGUCCGUUGGAAGCUUAUUUUCAUAUUCGUACUAUUCUUGAACAUCUAAAUGCAGUUGUCGCAGAACAAUACACAUCAUUAUUAUUAGAAAAAUGUACUGAUCAAGUAGUUGUAGGAGAGAUAAAAAGUGAAAGUGGAAUCAAUGAUGACGACGAGGAAGAUGAUUGGACACGAAAUGAAUCGCGAAUGUGUUUUUCACCACAUUAUAACAAUGUUCUAUUUGCUAGUGCACUAGAUGGCUGGGGAUUUGGAAUUCAUCAUUUUGCAGAUUUAUAUGCUAAAAAACUAUCGAUUAAACGAGAAGUACUAAUGAAAACAUUAUGGGGGGAUUUUUAUUUUGACAAAAAAACUAAACGUAUCUAUAAAGGUGCACAAAGUAAAGGUCAAAAACCAAUGUUUGUUCAAUGUAUUCUGGAAAAUCUGUGGAGCGUUUAUGAGACAAUCAUAAUUCGACGAGAUAAUGAAAAACUUGAAAAAAUUGCUGCAUCAAUUGGUGCUAAAUUAACUCCGCGAGAUAUUCGACAUACUGAUCCAUAUGUUCCGUUGCAUCUACUUUUCAAUCAAUGGCUACCGAUUGCUUCAGCUGUAUUCGACAUGGUUGUUGUUCAACUUCCACAUCCGAAAGCAUUAAGUAUAGAAAAAAUUGAACAAUUAAUGUGUAAUAAAAGUCGCCGAUUUGAUACACUAUUGCCAGAAACACAACAGUUAAAACAAGGUAAAUCUUAUCACUUACUUUUUUUUUUUACAUAUGCCAUACUUGAUAUUGAUAACUUUUCCUUUAAAGCAUUUCUUAAUUGUUCAAGCGAUGAUCAAGAACCAGUCAUCACCUAUGUUUCAAAAUUAUUUUCUGUACAUAAAAGUGCUCUAUCACAAAAUAAACAAAAACCGUUGACUGCAGAAGAUAUAACACAAAGGCGUGAACUUCUUAAAAAGAAACAACAAGAAACAAUACCAGUAUCUAGUGAAGAAUCUGCUAAUAGAACUGAGGAAACUAAUCCAACGACUACAGUUCAGUCAGAACCAAACGAAAACGUUGAUGAACAUGUGUUUCUUGCUUUUGCACGUGUUUAUAGUGGCCGAUUAAAACGAGGACAAAAGAUUUUUGUUUUGAGCCCUCGUCAUGAUCCAGUGUUAUUUGUUGGAAAGGACCUUAGUCAAGUUCCUGUUCGAAAUAUUUCACAGAAUGUGCAUGAAUUUGUUGUUCAAGAUCUAUAUUUAAUGAUGGGUCGUGAGUUCACUCAACUCGAUCAAGUACCUGCUGGCAGUAUAGUUGCUAUUGCAAAAUUAGAUUCUCUUGUUUUAAAAUCAGCAACUUUAUCAACAAAUAUAUUUUGUCCAUCAUUUACUGGUCUUCAUUUUGAGGCUUCACCUAUUGUUCGUGUAGCCAUCGAACCAAAAAAUCCCGGUCAAAUGAAACAACUUCGACAUGGAAUGUGUUUAUUGAAUCAAGCUGAUCCAUUAGUGGAAUGUACAUUGAAAGAUACUGGUGAAUAUAUUCUUUCAACAGCUGGUGAAGUGCAUUUACAACGAUGUAUCGAUGAUCUUACUAAAAUCUAUGCUCGUAUUGAAAUAAAUGUUUCAGCCCCGAUUAUUCCGUUUCGCGAGACAAUUAUUCCUCCGCCGAAAUUUGAUGUUCUCAAUGAAGCAUUAGCAAAUCAACAGCAACAAUUCAAAUCUAAUAAAACGACAAAAGAAAGACCAUUGUGGCUAUUAGAGGAUGGACUCGUUGAACUAAGUACUCAAAAUCAUCAAUGUACAUUUCAAAUUCGAGCAGUACCAUUACCUGAUUCAGUCACUCGUUUACUUGAUGAAAAUCCAUCACUACUUGCAAUUAUUGAACAAGCUCAAGGACGUGACGAUAGAAAAGGUACCGUUGAAUUAAACGAUCAAACGCUAGAUGAAAUACGACAACUAAGAACACGAUUAAAUGAAGAAUUUGUUGCUUCCAAUGGGCACAUGUGGAAUUCAAAUACAGUUGAUGAAAUAUGGUCAUUUGCUCCACAUAAAUGUGGCCCGAAUAUUUUACUUAACCGUAUUCCGAAUAGUAUUUAUAGACAACGGAGUGCAUCUAUCUGGACUAUUGCGUUAAAUAAUCAAAUGAAAACAAAUAGAGAUACAUCAUCAUCAUCAACCAAAGAUGAUUAUGAUAUAAGUAUUAUUAAUGGAUUUCAAUUAGCAACAGCUAAAGGAUCCCUAUGUAAGGAACCUUUAAUGGGCGUUGCAUUCAUAAUGGAACGUUGGGAAAUAAAUACAAUUGCUAAUGAUGAAAAUAAUGAUGUACAACAAGAAUCGUCAGAAGCUAACAACUCCGAGGUUACAACAAUAGCAACGGCAACAGUAAAUGCCAUUGAUGAACUCGAAAGUUUAGUAGAAACUUUGAGUAUUACAAGUGAUGAUUCAUCAGCAAUAACUAGUGAACCAAAACCUCGCCGUUUAAUUAAUAAAUCAAAAAUAGUUGCUAAACGUGGACCUCUGUCUGGCCAAAUCGUAUCAACUAUACUUGAGGGCUGUCGAAAAGCGUUCGAUUCACAACCACGACGACUUGUUGCAGCUAUGUACAAAUGUGAAGUCAUGGUUAAUGCAGAAGCGUUGGGUCGAGCUUAUGCAGUAUUAAACAAACGAAAUGGACGUGUAUUAAAUGAGGAUAUGAAAGAAGGAACAAGUACAUUUAUCGUUACAGCUGCAUUACCAGUUGCUGAAAGUUUUGGUUUCGCCGAAGAAAUGCGUAAGAAAGCGAGUGGUUUAGCAUCACCACAAUUAUCUGGUAAAACCUAUUGGGAAAUUAUUGAGCUUGAUCCAUUUUGGGAACCGCAAACCGAAGAAGAAUUUUUACAUUUUGGUGAAAAAGCUGACUUUGAAAAUCGUGCCAAAAAAUAUAUGAAUGAUGUACGCCGACGUAAAGGUUUACGAGUUGAAGAAAAAAUUGUAGAGCAUGCAGAAAAACAACGAACACAUAAGAAAAAUAAGUGA